AUGGCAAUAGCUACAUCUCAUCAUGGACAAAACCAAUCAAUUAAUGAAUCGAAUCGUAAACAUCAGCGUAUUGAACGACAAUUCACGAGUGAUCAAAUAGCUGCAUUAGAAAUUGAAUUUAUUUAUGCUAAAUAUAUGACACGUCAUGGACGUAUUCGAAUUGCUCGUAAAUUAGGUUUAAAUGAACGACAAGUUAAAAUUUGGUUUUUUAGUCGACGAAAGAAAUGGCAGAAUGAAUCCAGAAUAAGCAAUCAUCCUCACGGAUAUCUAAAUGUAAAUACAACUAAUUGA